UUAUUAACAUGGUUAUUAACUUCGUGUUAUUAACCCUGACCUUCUCAACGUGGUUUUAUUAUUACUUUCUAACUGAGCGCAUGUGCCUCAUCUUGCUUCAUCUAUGAGCUAUGAAUCUGUUACUAGCAAAGACAGAAUAGGGAUGGUUUCACGAGCUUGCAUUCAAUUUAGUGAAAAAGUUAAAUUCAUUUUUAAACCGUACUCUCUGAAAAUUAGUAAAGUUAUUAAUAAAGUAAAGGAUUAUGAAAUGCCAAAAAGAUUUAAAGGAACUAUAAUAGAACGUUGGGGAAAUUAUUGGAAAAAUGUAUAUAUCGAUUAUAGAGAAGUUUUUGUCGAUACUAUAAAUGAUUGUAAAACACGUCCUAUACGCGCAUCGAUGUUUGCUACAGCUUUAGGAUCUACAUAUUAUUUAUGCAAACAUAAUCCAGAUGAAGAAGCUUAUCGAAAUGACUUUUUAAUGAAUUCUUUAAUAUUAAUGCAAGUAAGCGAAAAUAUCCGCAAUGAAGAAUCGGUAAAACAUAUAGAAUCGAUAGAACGGUUUGUCAAUGAAGGUAUUUUAAGAAGAACGAAUUUCGGUAUAUUUUCUAUAAUAUGGUUAGAUAAUUACGACCGAGACUGUUUUCUCUAUAAAGCUGUGUGUCCUUAUAUAAGAGUGCAUUUUAUAGAUUUUUUUGAAAGGAUAAUAGAUAUAGGAUUUUUAGAUAGGUGGUGGAUAAUGGAGAAAAAAAUGAUAAAUUACGAUAUAAAUAACAAAGAAUUUGAAACAAACAUAGUUGAAUAAACAUUUAGAUUUUACAG